AUGCCUCAGAUAUUUCAAGUUUUGAGAUGCUACAAAUGUUUCGUCUUUCAGGUACACCAAACCAAAAAGUCGAAUAAAUGGGAAUGUAAACUCUGUGGCGAGAAACAAUCUAUAAAAAGGCAUUAUGGUAUAGGAACUGCUAAAGACUGUAGACUACAUGUUCAAAAACUAAAUACAAUGAGAGGAGACAUGGAUAAUAAGAAAACCACAGAAGAUAUAGACAGUGAGGAUGAAGAUGUAUCUGAGCCCGGGCAUCUUAUGUGCAGUCCUGUAGCACAAAGUAGCUGCAAACCCAUAACAAGUAGUAAAUGGUCUAACUUUUUAGAUGAACCUGAAAUUGUUGAAGAACCUGCUAAUGAUAAUAUGAAACUAGGAGACGCUGAGGUGGUUUUUGAAAUCCCCAAAAAGCAAAGAAAAGCAGUAAAAAGACAAUUUAAUAACAGUAAUCAUAAAGAUUAUGAGAAUCAUAAAGAACUAAGUCCACCCAAAAUCGUACCAAUCUCUAACACCAGUAGUAAAUUAAAAUCAUUGCCACUAACUUCUGAUUCAGAAAAUUUGAUAUCUCAAAUAGAUUGUACAAGUAACACUAAGCCUAAUGCAAAGAAGAAGUUUAUUCCACCUAUAGUUAAUAAAAAUUCGAAAUGGGCUCAAUUUACUGAAGAAACAGAGGAAUGUGCAGACACAGAAUGUACAAAUACUUCACAGAGUUUGGGUACAUCACAAAACAAUGCUAUGUUCUCGUUAUAUGAUGAUACUGACCUAGAUAACUUAUUGAACAUUUAA